AUGUCAAUAUCAAAUCCGUCGCAUCUGUUGAUAUCUCGUAAUCCACCUAGAUCACCUGCACAUCCUCAAUUAGCACAUGGACAUCAUGGACCUUCAUCGCCUCUUCCCUCUCCAAGACAGGGUUUCUUAGGUAGAUGGCAUCAUUCAGCUGAGGAAUUACCAUCUUCAUCAACACAUCAGCGAAAUAUAUCAAUGUCAGAUUCCGCUUCAGGAUCAAAUUUAGAGGAAGAUGUGGAUUUUCAAGAAAAUGAUCAAGAUCUAAUUAUUGUUAUUCAUCCUACAUUUCAAAAGGAUACUUUAAUGCCUGGAAGAGUUAAAGUUGUAGUAGGAAGAAACGAAUUUUGGUGUCAUAAGGAAGUUUUAUGGUUCGCGAGUCCUUUCUUCCAAGGUCUCUUACAAGGAAAUUGGACGGAAAACAAUCCCCUCACCAAUCCUACUACUCCUUCACCCUAUGCUAUAGAUCUUUCACCUGCACACUCGGUCGUUACUCCAUCUUCCCCACCGACAGAUACAGAUCCACCCAGCCCACGCUUCGGCUCAUCGCCCGGACCACUCGAAGUCGAAUCUUCCUCCACUCCUCAAACCAGUAAAGCAAAAUCCGUCACUCCUGCUUCUCAUUCCAUCGACCAGUCACAAUCGACCACCUCAAGCAAAGGAGCCGGAGGAGGGGAUACGCAACUCAAUGAGGAUACAAGGCUGGACGAUCCUAGCGUGUCUGACAUAUUAAAAGAGUUAAGGGAAUCACCAGAGAGUCCGGACAGUAUCAGGGCUAUUUCAGACGUACUGGAAAGUACCAUUCCUCCAGCUUUAUCAGAACUGGCAGUAGGAUCAUCGAAAUUGAACAUACAAUCUACUCCAUCAUCGACAGAUAACUUACUACCCCUUUCUCCGACUGACUCAGUUGAGACCACACUGCCUAUCUCAAGUAAUUACGUAUCGAGGAGAAUGGGGAGGUCGCGUACUAGAUCAACGAUACGUCAUUCCUUUUCUUCUGGGUCAGUAGGAGGUCAAGCAAGAUUAGGAAGGGUAGAAGCUGUUGUUGAAUUACACGAAGAAAGUCCAGCUGCUUUUCACGACUUCUUAUUCUGGGCAUACCCACAUCUGGAGUGUAAGGUGACCUGGACCAAUGUCGAAAAUCUACUCGCUCUUUCACUCAAACUUCUAGUCCCCGCUCUCCAAAAGCUAUGCGAACACUUCUUGAUGUCCCAUGCAUCGGGUAGACCAGUAAUGGCAUUGUGUCUGGCAGAGGAACAUGGAAAUGCGGAUCUGUACAGGGAGGCGAGCAGAUUCGUACUGGAUCAGCCAAGCUGGGAUCAAAGUGAGAUAGAAUGUUUGAGUGCAGAUACUAGGAUCAGACUGUCUAGCAGGCGAAAUUGGUUCUUGGAGCGACUACUUAAACUAGGAAGUAUAGAUGUGAAGAAGGAGUAUACAUGUAGAGCGGAUUGUCCUGAUCCAACACGAUGUCAAUCUCAACUAGAUGAGAAAUGGCGUCAAGCUCAUUCUGCAGUAUGUAGAUAUGGUCCACCACAACCCUCUGUCGCAUUCAGAUGUCUGAGACAAUUGGAAACAUUCCCUACUAAUCCAAGUUUGGUAAUGCCCCAUCCUUUGUGUCAGACUACUGCCAAAACAUGGGUUAUGAGUUUGUUCGACAGGAUGUUCCAACCUAAACUCGUUUUCUCCAAUCCUGGUACAGAAAAGUAUUGGUUGUGGAUAACCAUGAAUUGA